AUGCCCCCCCCCCAAAAAAAAACUCCCGUUACUUGAAUCCCACCGUUUGGUGUCGGGGUUUAUAUCUGGAUUAUUUUUCAUUGAUUAUUCACGUGGAUAAAUUGGCGUAAUUGUGCUGUUGGGUAGUUCUUAUUUUUAGAGGCAGGUGGCUGGUUUUAUCCACUCUGUUCCGUCUGCUGUCACAAGGUGGUUUACGACACUAGAGCCAUGUUCCUUCUGUUUGUUUGUUUUUGUUUAUUUUGUGAAGCUGCAAUAUUUACCUCACUGGACCCUGCAAUAAAGUAGCAUUGUGUAUAUUCCAUAACUAGCUGCCAUCAAUGUAAGUUGUUUCAUGGAAGUGACUAAAUAAGUCCACCUAACUUGAUCCCAUUCCUCUCUCUCCCUCUCUCUCUCAUAUCUUUUUGUUUGGUGCUCCUUUUCUUUACCCCCCCCCCCUAUUCCUCCUUCUCCCCUAUUCCUCCCUCUCCCCAAUCUCCCCCCCCCCCCCCCCACCCUUAAGUGCCAGUUUGUAUUCAGUGAAAAGAAAGAAACAAUGAUGUCACCUAACUUGAUGCUUUUUGUCCACGUGACUUGGUGCUGGAUGGCUACUGAGUUUAUUAAUUUGGUUCUGUAUGUUCUUUCUGUGUGAUUAUGUGUGCAUAUCAGAUGACUAGACUGGCCCAGCUGUUACACUAGCCUGAGUCAGGCAUUGUUUUCCAAGCCACUAUCCCCGAUCGGGCCAACGCAGCCUUCAAGGGGGAAUGUGACCGGGAGAAUAGCCUGCUGAACCUUCCAAGAUGGACACCUUGUCUCUUUUUUAUUUUUUUUAUUUUUAAAUUUCCUUUUUUUGUGUUCUUUUUGGUUUGUUUUCUUUCAUACUUUCCCAUGUUGUCCACUCUCUACUGUCUCUAUCUAGAAACUACAGUAUUGCUUAUAUCUAGCUUUGUGUUUUUAUAUUUACUUUUGGUUUUUGUUGUUUUUUGAUUAUUGUCCAACCCCCCCACCCUCCUCUCUCUCUCUGCUACAGCUGCGGCUUGUGUAUGAUUGAGUUCUGUCCAGGUUGCUACGGCAUACCGGUGGGAUGUGUAUCACACAAGGGAUGCUAGGAGGAUCACUAACACUUUUCUCACUGUCACCUCCUGCUGUUGACAUUCAGGGUUUAGACAUUAUGAAAUGAUGCAGCCAUUGGGGUUGUCUUGUGUUGCACACCUUUCCAACACUGGAAACGAUCACCCCCCCCCCCCAUGGAAAAGCGCCCAUGCUUGAUAUCGUAUGGUUCAUGACCAAUAUGUUUCCAGUACAGGGAAAAUCCCAGAAGAGGCCAAGGCCUUGUCUCUCUUGGCACCCGCCGCCCCGGUACCCAGUCUGAUCCCCGGCGGUGGACUGCUACCGAUCCCCACUCCCGCUCCCGCUCCGCUUCAGAACCUGAGCCUUCCCAUGGUGACUCGGCUGCCGGCUGCCCUGGAACCCCCGGCAUCGGCGAGCGCCCAGCCCCCCCUCAUGGGAAAUGUGGAUCCCUCAAAAGUGGACGAGAUCAGGAGGACCGUCUACGUGGGGAACUUGAACUCACAGACCACCACCGCCGACCAGCUGCUGGAGUUCUUCAAGCAGGUGGGCGAGGUGAAGUUUGUGCGGAUGGCCGGAGACGAGACUCAACCGACCCGCUUCGCCUUCGUGGAGUUCGUGGAGCAGGACUCGGUGGGCCGCGCCCUCACCUUCAACGGCGUGAUGUUCGGAGACAGGCCCCUGAAGGUGAACCAUUCCAACAACGCCAUCGUGAAGCCCCCAGAGAUGACGCCGCAGGCCGCCGCUAAGGAGCUGGAGAGCGUGAUGAAGCGGGUGAGAGAAGCCCAGUUCACCAUCGCCGCCGCCAUAGAGCCAGCUGACGUGAUGAAGCGCUCCUCCAGCCGCUCGGUGAGGUCGCGGCGGUCCCGCUCGCGGUCCCUCUCCAAGACGCACAGGAAGCGCUCCCGCUCGAAACACAGACCGGCGCCGAAGGUGUCGCCGAGGGUCGACCCCCACAACUCCCGAGGCGUCCACAAGCGGCGCUCCCGCUCCCGAGAGAAGAGGCGCAGCCGCAGCCGCUCCAGGGGCCACAGGAGGAGGAGUAAGGAUCGGUCCAGGAGCCCUCGAAGGAAAGCCAGGUCACCCUCCCCAAAAAGAGGAAGGAAAGAGAAGAAGAGGGAGCGCAGCAGGGAGCGAAAGGACCGCUCCACAUCCAGGAAGAGGAGCCGCAGGGAGGAGGACCGGAUAAAGAGCAAGGCUCCGCCAAAGAAGGCGCCGAAGGACCACGGCCGAGCAGGGAAGGAAGACUACGGGAGCGAGAGAGAAGACGUGACGUCAACGGCGUGCACCCGCCACAACGGCAGCCACAAGACCCACAAGGCCGGCCGCGCGCGCACGGGCGCCGCCGCCGACUGAUCUCAGCGCGUCACGCCGGGCGAAAACCACUCAGCAGCAGCGCGUCUUUGCCAUCGUCACCUCGAAGACCCUCUUGUCUGUUUUUUUUGUUGUUGUUUUUUUUACUCUGAUUCCGCCGAUGGCGAGGAAGCGCUCGGCACGGCGGAGGAAGCUCCCGAUUCGUCCUCUUCACAAGAGGCGCAAGACCUUUUUUGAAGAAGGCUUCAGAAACCAACACAUUGGUUUUUGAUGAUUCUUACACGCUCAUCCACCUCUUUGUUGUCAAUUACUGAAGGAACUCGGCGCCUUCUAUUCACCCCCCCCCCCCCCCCCCCCCGAGCAGAUUAGACUGAAUGUGCAGCUGCAGAGCUUCUGAAAGAAGAAGCGAUCCAUGUUUCUCCAACAAAAUGAAGCCAUAUUUCUAUCGUCCCGUGGAUUUUACCCGACCCCUCCGUUCCUCUCCACCGCCCACUUCAGGAGUCCAAAAAGCCUUUCCAUUAGCAGAAAUUUGUCAACAAAAAUAAUGCGUCUUUCAGGUUGAGAGAUUUUUAAAUGUUUUCCUUUUUAUGUUCUCAAAAGAAUAAUUAGUCAUGUGCACAAAGUCAAAUCUGGAUUGCAUCAUAUUUCGAGCUUGACUGACUCCUUCAGGAGUGAAUCGUUGUUAUUAAUCAGAAGUCUGUCCAUCGGUUCUGUCCUGAGUAACUUCAGUGGAAAACAGCAGCGAUGUUUGAGUCUGUUUCUAAUAUUUAUCAUAAGGUGAGUUAUCAGCUCCAUUUUACACUUUAAUGACCUGUUGUAAAAUAAAUACUGUAUUAUUCAGACGGUUAUCGUGUGUGUGUGUGUGUGUGUGUGUGUGUGUACGUGCUGCUUACCAGAAGGGAAGUAAACCAAAUGUCCUUUUACUAAGUACAACGCAUCAUAUCCCACUGAGGGGAGGUUUAAUUAUUCUGCUGCUCUGAUAAAAUCUCCCCAAACUCUCCAGUUUUCCUUUAACUGGUGGAAACAACCGGUACACGACGCGUCUCCUGGGUGUGGGGGGGUCUGGGGGCCCCUCUCGGUGCAUGGAGACUUUUAGAAUUGGGAAAGCAAGAUGCUCAUUUGCUCUAAAGGCGUGCUGUUAAAGGGAGACGUAACGACGUGAGCGGAGCUGUGUUCCUUCGCUCUGCUUCAUUCUGCAGAAAUGUGUGCUGUUGAUUUUAAGGCUUCAGGUGCUGUAAUUAUGACUGAAGUUGUUCAGUCGCUAAUAUAUAUGUAAAAAGAUGCUUAACUCAUUCGUCCCGCGAGAAAAACCCUGUUUUACUUUCUCUUUUUGUUUUAUGAGUGUACAUUUAAUUACAUUUUUUUUAUAUUUACGAUUAGUCCCAACAAUGUAUAUUCUUCCCUCUCCUGUUAAUAUUGUAAUGCUGUGAGAUGAAAGACAAAAAAAAAAAAGAUUUACUGUUUUUAUAGAUCCAAAACAAGCCUAAACUCUAAAAAAAUAAAUAAAAGAAAUUCUGGCGGUUUACAAAAUGUCUGUUAGCUUCGUUAGCUUCUCUUUGAGCUAACGAAGCUAACGGAGUGCGCGGGGGGGGGGGGGGGGGGGGGGGGGGGUCGGAUAUGUCUCCAGUCCACUGCAAGCACAGAAGGGUCAAAAGUGCCUAGACUGAGAUUGUACCGAAUAUUCUAAUAAAAUAUGGACACUUGCAACCUGAAGUUAUUGUUUUGGAUGUUAAACCGCUAAUGAGAUGUUUUAUUCAAGUAUCGUCAUCGUGGGUUUUAGAGCAGAACACUCAAUGGACUUUUGUGGAUUUGUCUUUUUAUUUGAACAUUUGUUUUUCGGUCAUUUCUGGUGUUGCAGUCUUCAGUAUUAUGAUCGUCUCAGGUGUAUCUGCAAGCAUUUUUUUUUUUUGAAUUCCUGAAAUGAUGGUUAUAUUUUUAAAGAGACUUAAAUUUCACCUUUCGCUUUAGAAUUUUUUUUUUUUUUUCUUGUUUUUAUUUUUAAUUUUUUUUUCAGUUUGAAGUUGUGAUCAAGUUUAGUAAAAAAUGAAUUCCAGCACAAUACAGUUGGGUCAGUAAAGUAGGAAGGUUCCUCCCCGAGGAGAAUCUGCGUGGAUCUGCUGACCCGGUGAAGAAGAACUUGUGUGUGUGUGGGGUCCACGAGCGAUGCAUCUCAUCUGUUUCCCCCCUCAAUAAAGAGACCUUUCACUUGG